CUAAUGAGUUGAAAAUAAAAGACUCUACUACAUCGGACAUCAACAUAUCUACUACAUAUCAAGAUGGAGUACAAGCGCACCGUCCUAAUCACUGGCGGUACAAUGAAUAUGGGAUAUCACGCUGCUCUCACCAUCGCCCGACAGCACCCAGAAUACCUCGUUGUAAUCUCCUCGCGCUCCGACCCUAACAACGCCGCGUCUACAAUCAACAACACCCUCUCUCAGAACAACGUUAUCUUCCUCCCUCUCGACCUUUCCUCUUCCUCCAACGUCCGGACUUAUGCCAAAACCUGGGCCUCGAGGUCCUUCCCACCCAUUCAAGCCCUCCUCCUGAACGCGGCAUUACAAUUUCCUGGCGACCUAACCCUUACAGACGAAGGCAUCGAAAAGACGUUUGCCAUUACGCACGUCGGGCACGCACUGCUUUUCCACCUGCUCUGUCCAUUCCUAGCGCCCAAGGCACGCGUGAUCAUAACCGCGUCUGGCGUGCACGACCCAGCACUCAAGACAGGCAUGCCGAAGCCCAUCUACACGUCCGCAGAGAAUCUGGCACACCCGCCAGCUGAGAUCGCAAAGGGAGACGGCCGGCUGCACUAUGUGAAUGCGAAGCUAUCAAACAUUAUGUGGACAUACGCGCUGCAUAGGCGGCUUGAACAGAGCGGAAAUGAGAAGGGGAUCAGCGUGCUUGCUAUGGAUCCGGGGCUGAUGCCAGGUUCCGGACUAGCGAGAGAGUACCCGCCAUUGAUGAGGUGGCUGUGGAACAACUUACUACCGAGGAUAACUCCGGUGCUGAGGGUGGCGUUUAGGACGGACAAUGUGCAUACGACGAAGGAAAGUGGGGAGAAUCUGGCGAGGCUGGGGGUUGCCAAGGAUGUGGAGGGGUUGAGCGGCAAGUAUUACGAGGGGAAGAAGCAGCGAGAUAGCAGUGUGGAGAGCUAUGAGGUAAAGAAGCAGGACGACUUGUGGGAGUGGACGGUGAAGUAUGCGGCGAAGGAUCCUGAGGAGUUGGCAAGGUUCAACAAGUUUGCAUAGGGGCUGUCCGACGGUUGUGGCUUCAGUACGAUAUCGUUCAGGUGUUUAG